AUGGCGACAGAAGCGAACCAUGCCUCUGAGACACGGCGCCGUAGCAGAGGUGGUUGUUGGACAUGUCGCAGUCCAACGGUGAAGAAAGGCUGCGAUCGACGCCGUCCUGUCUGCGGGCGAUGUGAACGGCUCGAGAUAGCUUGCGACUACGCUCCGCGACCGACUCUCGCUGAGCUUCGUAAGACUAAUCGAAGCACAGGUUCUGCACCGAGCGCUCUGUCGUCUACCAGCAAUGUAGCAUCGCCCAUCGGCUCGAGUGCCGCCCAAGAAGUGUACAACUCUCCCGCAGUGCCAGCCCAUGGCAGCACAGCUGCUAUCACAGACAGAAGCCCUGCGACUGCCUAUUCGCCAUCAAUACAAGUAUCCUGCAUCGCCAGCUCUGCUUUGAGCCCCUCGAUGAGGACGUCAACAGACACGGCAAGAUGUAUUCUGGAGCUAUGUGAGGAAGAAGACGAAGCCAUUCGCUAUUUCCGAACCAAAUUCGCGAAGUUGCAUCAUACGAAAAACUCAGAGUAUUCAUUGGUAUCUCUCAUGUUCAGCAUCGCGCAAGUUGAACCCAUGGUCAUGCAUAUGGUCUUGGCAAUUGGGCAUGAAGAGAUGGACUAUCGACGUCAUCGGUGUUUGCCCAGCGCUGAACAUGCACCGUCGCAUCAUUAUGGACAGUCUCCGAGAAUCAUGGCCGAUGCUAUCGUGCCAUCAAGCGAUACCACGAAAGACCUACACACGAUCCUUACUGCCCUUUGA